AUGGCCUCCAUGCCUUCAACCCCCAACAUCGACGUCGUCCAUUUCGGCGCCGUCAAGGCCUGCGCUGCUAAGCCCGUCACUGACGUCUACGACCAGCUCCGAUGUGGUUUUGAUUGUGCUUCCAAGGGUGAAGCCAAGCCCCUCGUCGACAAAGGCGUCAAUCCUGCUCGCAUCUCGCUUGGGAACUGCAAUCUUCCUAGCAAUGAGCUUGAGUGGAGUAUUGAUGUUGGGAUUCAGUACUAUGCUGUUGAUAGCACCUCGCAGGUCUAUCGUGUGCUUGAGGCAGCUGAUCGUGUUGUUAAGCGUAAGGGUUGUGAGUUGGCCACCAUUCUCGCUGACAUCAAGCCUUUCUGUCGUCUUGUCUCUUCUGGAAAAGGUUCGGAUAAGCCCUUCUCUGCCAAGUUUGGUGUUGAUCCGGAAAUGGCCUUCACCAUCAUCGAAGAAGCUCAGGCGCAUGGCCUCACUUUCAUCGGUCUCUCUGGUCAUCCUGGUACUCAGAACCUCGCCACCGACGCUUUUGUUCAGUUUGCCCAGCUCUUCCGCGGCGUCUUCGAUCGCGUCAAGAACGAACUCGGCAUCACCAUGACUCUUGCCAACAUUGGUGGAGGAUGGGCUGGCAUCUCGACCAAGACUGCUCCCUUGUUCGUCGACUACAACAAAUCCACCAUCGACAUCUUCUCUUCCGUCUUUGCGGAUUGGCCUGUCAAGCUGAUCAUGAUGACUGAGCCUGGACGCGCCUUCAUCUCCAAGGCUGGAUGGUUGCAGACCCAUGUCAUCAACGUCUCUAAGCACACCGCAAGCGCUUCCGUCUCGCGUGUUUUUCUCUCCGUCGGUACUCUCCACGGACUGAACGAGGCCAACAAGAUUUCCUUCCAGUGGCACACCUCUUCUCCUUCUGAGAAGACCAAGUCUUGUGUUCUGUAUGGUGCAAGCUGUGACAGCUCCGACAUCAUACUUGGAAAGGACGCCAACGGCAAGGAGAAGACUGUUGAUCUUCCCGAUGUCCUUGCUCCAGAUCAUCUCGUCUGGGUCUAUGGUCCUGCUGCCUAUGGGCCCGACUACUCGACCUCUUUCAACGGCGUCCCUCCCCCUAAGGUUGUCUACAUCAACUCCAAGGAGGGUAUCGCCUACUAA